UUUACUUUACCUUUAAACUUUUACGGAGGCUGUGACAGAUCUUGCGGAGCAGCUUCCCUAUUGGAGAAAGCACUUGGUUGUGCUUGUGGAGUUUCGCUUUUUAAUUUGCUCAGAUUCAGCUUGUUUAUGCAGCUGCACAGCAUUUCUCAGCCAGCCUGGCUUCAGUGGACUGAAGUCUUUCCCCCUUAGAAGAAAAAUAGCUGAUAGAAAGGAUAUGGCACAGAGAAAAAUGGGGAAGGAGAUGACUGUCACCUCAGAUGGACAUCACUCAAAGCCAACGUAUGUUUACAAGGUGGUUCUCUUAGGGAGCAUGGUGGUGGGAAAGUCAAGCUUAGCUUUCUGAUAUGUGAAGAAUAGCUUCAGGGAAACAAUGCCGACUGUUGGAUGUUCUUUCUUCAAACAGAUGAUACAUUUAGAGACUGCCAAUGUUAUGUUUGAGAUCUGGGAUACUGCAGGUCAAGAGAAGUACCAUAGCAUUUGUCAUCUUUAUUACAGGGGUGCUAGAGCUGCUGUACUGGUAUAUGAUAUUUCUAGAAAGGAAACUUUUAAAAGAGCAAAGCUGUGGUUGAGGGAAUUAGAGAAGGACUUUCUUCAUGAUGAAAUAGCGAUCAUUUUAGUUGGCAAUAAGACAGAUCUUGCAACUGAAUGAGAAGUCACAUAAGAGGAGGGGAAAGAAUUUGCAAGAAGCAAAGGCCUACUGCAUGCAGAAACAUCCGCAAAAUCCAACCACAAAGUGACUGACGUUUUUAUGGCCAUAGGUCAUCGUAUCAUACUUCCUUACUGUUCCCUCACAUCUAAUUUCUGCUUGGUUACGUGGAUACCACAAGGCAGAAUUUGGCUCAAGGAAGUAAGUGGAGGUAAAGUGGCAAUGAAAAGAGUGAAGUUCGGGGAACUGAAAGUAAAAAUUUCCACGCCCAGUGGGAUAUGUAUGUGGUCAUAAGUUUGUUAACA